GAGGAGGAGGAGGAGGAUCUGCAGGAGGAGCUCAAGCUCAAGCUCAAGUCCGCGCUCAAGGACAAAUCAGACCUGUUUGCCGGGGGCAAGGAGCCGGAUGACGAGAUCCGGCUGGGUGACGACGGGUGGAAGGAACGCUACUACCAGCAGAAGUUUGGAGUGACGUCGUAUGAGGAGCAGGAGCGCGUUCGUCAGGAUGUGGUGCUCAAGUUUGUGGAGGGUCUAUGCUGGGUCAUGAGAUAUUACUACCAGGGCGUGUGCUCUUGGAACUGGUACUACCCGUACCACUAUGCACCGUUUGCAUCUGAUUUGGUGCGCCUGGACGAGUUGGAGAUUCACUUCUUUCUCGGCCGCCCCUUCAAGCCCUUUGAUCAGCUCAUGGGCGUGCUGCCCGCCGCCAGUUCCGGUGCGCUGCCAACAGCGUAUCGCAAGCUCAUGUCGGACCCAGCCUCGCCCAUCGUUGACUUCUACCCCACUGAUUUCAGUGUUGACAUGAAUGGCAAGCGCUUUGCUUGGCAGGGAGUGGCGUUGCUGCCGUUCAUCGAUGAAGACCGACUGCUAGAGGCCAUCAAGCAAGUCGAGUCCACUCUCACGCCGGAGGAGAGGAGGCGCAACAGCCAGCUGUGCGAGCUGAUGUACUUCUCAUCGGGGUACCCACUGGCAAAGACGGUGUGGGAGAUGAUGGGCAAGUGGGGGCAGCUCGAUGCCAAGGCGCGCGCCCACAAGAAGCACGCUAUCGACCCCUCCCUCAGGGGGAGUGGCUCUAUCAGCGAUGGUAUGAACGGCUACCUAGUCUUGUGUGACGGCCAGCCCUGCCCGCCCAUGCUGCGCGCGCCCAUGUCGGGCUUCGAGACCAUCACCAGCAACCAAGUCAUCUGUGUGGUCUACAAGAACCCAGACUUCCAUCGCCACAUCUGCCGCCCGCCAGCUGGCGCCGUCUACCCCCCCAAGUUGGUAUCAGAGCAGGACAUCAAGUCGGAGCCGCUGUGGCAUGAGGACACGUGGGGGCGGCGACGGCCGCAGAUACAGGACAGGCGUGUGCGAAAUGUGUUCUGGGCGUGUGCUGGGCGUGUGUUCCGGGCGUGUGCUGGGCGUGUGCUGGGCGUGUGUUCCGGGCUGCAGAACGCCAUAGGAGGUCCUGCCCUAGGGGCGGCAGCCACUCGUCUGCUUCUCAACUCUCUCGGCGCGGCCGGGCGGCAGGGUGGGGCGGCAGCCGCCCAGCUGCGGGAAGCGCAGCAGCGGCUGAGUCACAUGGGCACUGCCGGCCCUGUGCCCCUGCCUGUUCCUCUAGCAGGCGGCAUUCUCCCCGUACAGUCACCCUACAGCCAGGCCGCCCCUUAUAGUCACACUCAUGUGGGCGGAUACAGUCACGGGCAAACGGGGGGGUACAGUGCAGUAUCGGCAGACCCUAGGGUUGCUGCUUAUGGGGGGAAAGCAGGGGCGUAUGGGCAACCACAGCAGCAGCAGCAGCAGCAGCAGCAGCAGCAGCAGCAGCGGCAGCAGCAGCAGCCGCAGCAGCAACAGCAGCAGCAGGGGUAUGGAUAUCGGGGGGGACAGGCUGUAUACCAGGUCCAGCAGCAGGCACAGGGGGUGUAUUAUCAGCAGCAGCAACAGCAGCAGCAAGGGGGGUAUGGUGGGAAUGUGUGGGUGAGGCCUGGUAGUGGAGCAGGUACACAAGCGGCACCACAAGUGGCAGGACAAGCGGCAGGGGGGUAUGGUGGACGAGGGGGGUACGGGCAAGCAGGGGGGUACGGGAGAGGAGGGUAUGGGGCGGGGCAACAGGGGUAUGGGGGGGGUCAGCAGCAGGGGUAUGGGGGCCAACAGGGACGGGGGUGGGGCACGGGUGGGGGGCGUUCACAGCGUGGGCCACGGCAAUGGAUGAAUCAUCCGCACCUCGUGCGUCGCGUGGCAGUGCUCUGUGGGCCGCACCCCUUUGUCUUCCAUCGCUGCCUGUCGCUCUGUGCCAUGGGGCCAUGGACGAUGCGUACCUUGCUCUGA